AUGGCAGCGCUCUCGAAACGGCGCGUCCAGCCCCUGUUGCUGCCGAAGUGCCAUUCACCAUAUUCGACAACCGCCAAAAGUGUCUCCGGCUUCGCGUCCAACAUUUACUUCCCCGCGCUGCCGACCGUGGCCGCCGACCUGGGCGUGUCCGUCGAGCUCGUGACGCUCACCGUCACCUCGUACCUCGUCCUGCAGGGUCUGGCGCCGAGCCUCUGGGGCCCCGUGUCCGACGUGCGCGGCCGGCGCGUCGCCUACCUGUGCACCUUUGUCCUCUUUCUCGGCGCCUGCGUCGGGCUGGCGCUCGCGCGGCGCUACGCCGCGCUCGUCGCCCUGCGCUGCCUGCAGAGCGCCGGCAGCGCGAGCACCAUUGCCGUCGGCGCCGGCGUCAUCGGCGACAUCACCACACGCGCCGACCGCGGCGGCUUCAUGGGCGUCUUCCAGGCCGGCCUGCUCGUGCCCACCGCCGUCGGGCCCGUCAUUGGCGGCGCCAUCGCCGGCUCCCUCGGCUGGCGCGCCGUCUUCUGGUUCCUGGCCGCGUACAGCGGCGUCUUUUUGCUCGUGCUGCUCGCCGUCCUGCCCGAGACGCUGCGCUCGCUCGUGGCCAACGGGAGCGCAGCGCCGCGGGGCAGCUGGCUGGCGCGGUUCCCGCUGCAGGCAUACCAGAAGACGACAAAGACGCAGUGGGAUCGGAACGCGCCGCCGCCGGUUUUGCCGCCGCCGAAGCGAAUCGACGUGCUCGGCCCGCUGCGUAUACUGGGGAGCAAGUUUGCGACGCCGAUUGUCGUGUUUCUGGCCAUUUACUACACAGUCUGGCAGAUGAGCAUCACAGCCAUGUCAUCGCUAUUCAAGGAACGGUACGACCUCACCGAGAUUCAGAUUGGCCUGACGUUCAUCGCCAACGGCGUGGGCUGCGUCGUCGGUACCUUCAUCACUGGCCGGAUCCUCGACGCCGACUACAGCCGCGUCAAGGCCAAGCUCGCCGUCACCGGGGACUCUGCAGCGUGCAAUGGCGACGGCGGCGAGGCCAGCUUCCCCAUUGAAAAGGCACGUCUGCGACUCAUCCCCGUCUUCUCCCUCUUGCAGUGCUUGUCCCUCCUGCUCUUUGGCUGGACCAUCCAAUACCCGCGGAGCGUGCCCAUUGCCAUGCCCAUCAUGUCUACCUUCAUCACCGGCUGGACGGCCAUCUCUACCCAGGCGGUCAUCACCACCUAUCUCGUCGACAUCUUCCCUGACCGCAGCGCCGCGGCGACUGCUAGUUUCAACCUGGCGCGGUGCCUGUUUGCGGCGGGUGGUACGAGCUUCGUUAUGCCCAUGAUCUACAACAUCGGCGUGGGGUGGACAUUUACAAUUUGCGUAGCUGUGCAGCUGGUGGCGCUGAUUGGACCUGUCGUACAGUAUCGUUAUGCUGGGAAGUGGAGGAUGGACAUGGAAAAGGCAAAGGCGACGAAAAUGGGACCUUAG